AUGUCGUUCGCUCCAAGUAAACCCCCGCACAACGUCUAUAUAGACUUUUUUAGGACUCGCCAAGAUAAGAAGGUAAGCACAGACUUAUUUGUUUGCCAGAAGAGGGCACUGGUGGCGCAGUUGCCCUACGGUAUCUCGACAAAUAUGCAGAUAGACAUGCUCUACGGGCUAAUGCGUAUGCGGAUCCGUAAGCGCAUCCCACGGACAACGAUUAAUACGUUCGAUGAGCUGUUUCAAAGAGCUCGCGACGUAGAAGCUAACAUUUUCGAGGCAGAAAUGGGAGAAAGCAAUCCGGUGGAAAGACGAAAAACCUGCUCUUUUUGCGGCAACAUUCGACACACGGUCACAUAA